AUGAGAAUCUCUUGGGCACUCCAGGUUGCGGCCGUGUUCUGCCUGGUUGCAGUCCACCCAGCCGUCGCCGACACCUCUUCGUCCGCUGACAGAAUCUCGCACCGCAUCGACGACCCCGUCCCUCUCGUCUACAAGCGUGCUGCCGACUCUCUCCACAUUGAGAUUGAAAAAAACCACAUUACCAACAACUAUGCGCGUACGGGCGGUCUCCAGUUCCGUCGUCGGGGUGAUUCCCUCGAUGAGCAUGAACGUCCUCGUGGACGUCCGGGUCCUUCGCGUUCGGAGACGACUGAUGUUCCUCCUCAUUCUUUGAAAGAACCUCACUUGGAGCAUGAGCCUAAGCGCCGUCGUCCUUCGCACUUGACGGCGCCCCCUGAGAACCAUCACCCCAAGCCUACUCAUAAGCCUGGCGAACCUGGCACACCCGGCAAGCCCCACAAGCCUAGCAAGCCCGAUCAUGGUAAGCCAGGCAAGCCUAAUAAGCCUGAUCACGGCAAACCCGGCAAACCCCACAAGCCUGGCAAGCCUGAUCACAAGCCCAAGCCCAAGCACCACAAGCCCAAGCCCAAACCCCACAAGCCCAAACCCAAGCCCUCAAAGACAAAGACAAAGGGUCCUCACAAGCCAACCCACAAGCCAUCAAACACUCACAAGCCCAAGCCCGAGCCCACCACCACUACCACCACUACCACAGCCACUACUGUCCCUACGGUCGCCCCCGUGGUUCCUCCUGUGGUUCCCCCUCAGGCAACAGUUGUGCCCACGCCGAUUGAUACCCCUGUCGUGCCUACCCCUCCCGCUGUCGUCCCCCCCACCGAUAGCACAGGUUCCCCAGGCCAGAACCUCCCCUCCGGUAACAACGGUUCUUCCAACGGCGGGCAACCCACUUCCGGCCUCAGCACCUCCCCCGGCGGUGGCUCCAUGUCCGGCAGUUCCAGCUCCUCCAUCGGCACCAUCAUCGGCGCCGUCGUCGGAUCCGUCGCUCUCGCAGGUCUGGUUGCCCUUGGAGUCUACCGCCGUCGUGAGCGCCAACGCGCCGUCGAAGAGGCAACCGGCCUCAACCCAGAAAUGGACGAGGCUCCCCGUACAGCCUUCCGUCAUGAGUCCUUCAUGGCCUUGGUCAAGGAUGCCGCCCAAGGCUUCUACGCCCCCGGUACCACCGGCCCAGCAGGAGGUUCUGGACCUCAUGGUCCCAGCGGCCUUUCAGGAGUCGCAGUUGUUGGAGCCGGUGCUGGCACUGGCGCCAACCUGUCCCGCCAGAACUCGGCCCGAUCUCAGAACUCCCAGCAUAGCUUGCAUUCCCGUCGUUCCGGCCAGUUCUCGGCCCAUGGCAUGACGCCUUCCUCGCCCCCUCCCCCACUUGCCCACAUUGGAGGUCGCUAA